AUGUGUGUGGAAAAUAUUUUCUUUAAAACAAAGAAAUUGCAAAUGAAAAUUUUGCUUGGGCAAUCACAAGUUGCAUUGAGAAAAUGUCAACGAAAUAGUAACACAAUCACUGCCGGUCAAUUAAAACAACCGGGUGCAUUAGAUAACAUGAUUCAUCAUGAUCAAGGACUUAAAUUUCUUAGAGCUGUAAAGGGUUCACCUCCAUAUUUUGAAAAAGCUGAAAAGGAUAUAUUUGCAAUGAUCAGGCAGUUAGGAUCUGCUUCAUUAUUUUGUAGUUUUUCUUCAGCAGAAACACAAUGGACUCAUUUGCUAAAAAUACUUGGUAAACUUGUUGAUAACAAAACAUACACUGACACUGAACUUGAGAACCUCUAUUGGGAAGAGAACAGUAGGUUAAUUCAGAGCGAUCCUGUGACAUGUGCAAGGCAUUUUGAUUAUCAAGUACACAAGUUUUUGCAAAACUUUCUUCUAAGUAGUGCUGCACCUCUAGGAAAAAUUGCAGACUGUUUCUAUAGGGUUGAAUAUCAACAAAGAGGAUCACCUCAUAUUCACAUGUUAAAAUUGCUAGAAAAUGCUCCUACGUUCGGCGAAGAUUCUGAUUGUGAUGUUGUUUCAUUUAUUGAUACGAUAAUCACAUGUGAGGAGCCAACCGAGAAUCCAGAUUUACUUGCACUUGUAAACAGGCAAGUUCAUCGCCAUUCUCACACAUGUCGAAAGAAAUCCAAAAGUGUGUGUCGUUUUAAUUACCCACAGCCACCUAUGAGGUCAACCAAAAUUCUAUAUCCAAUAGAUAUUGAUAUGGAUGAUAAUGAAGUUGAUCAACAUAAAGAUACUUGGAAAUUUAUAAAGAAACAUCUGAAUGAUAUGAAAGAGGGCGAGGACAUUACAUUUGACAAGUUGCUUAUAAAUCUUAAACUGACAGAACAAAACUAUUUGCUAGCUGUUCAAUCUAGUCUCAAGACACCAACUAUAUUCUUAAAAAGAAAACCAAACGAACUAAGGAUCAAUAAUUAUAAUGCUGCAUGUGGUGCAUGGCGUGCAAAUAUGGAUAUUCAGUUUGUACUAGAUGUAUAUGCAUGUGCAAUAUACAUUGUAUCAUAUAUAUCCAAGGCUCAAAAAGGCAUGAGUGAGCUAUUGAUAACAGCUUGUGAAGAAGCAAAAAGGGGAAACUCCAGUAUUAAACAACAAGUGAGAGAUAUUGGAAAUAAGUUUUUAAACAAUGUUGAAAUAAGUGGACAAGAAGCAGUCUAUAUAGUACUUCAACUUCCAAUGAGGAAAUCUUCUCGUCAAGUAGUAUUUAUAAAUACUUCACCCCCUGAGGAUAGAGUUCAGUUACUAAAACUUUUGCAAGAAAUUAAUGAUUUGGAAGAUGAUUCUGAUGAAAUUUAUGCAUCUGGUCUAAUGAAGCGUUACACAAAACGACCAGCCAAACUUGAAAAUCUGUCCCUUGCUGAUUGGGCUGCAUGGUACGACUCCACUGAUAAGCCAUAUAUCAAACCGUCUCGUGAAUUAGAUAUUGAUAAUUAUCCACUUGAGACAAACUUGAGUGACAAUGAUGAUAAUAAUGAGGAAGAAGAAAGCGAACGAAAGAAUAAAAAAAGAUCUAAAGCCAGAGUUAUUCGAAGUGUCUGUUUUAACAAGGAAGUUGAUUCUGAAAAGCAUUACCGUGAACUAAUCAUGUUAUUCACUUCAUGGAUGGAUGAAAUAACUGAUUUAUUAGGAAAUUGUGCUUCUUACCAAGAACACUAUUUUCAAGUUAAAAAUACAAUAGAUGAGCAAAUGAAAUGUUAUGUUAUGCUAUGUGUAGUGAAGACCUGAAUGCGAUUCAAGACCAGCUUAAUAAUGUGGAACAUAGUGAUGAAAACUAUGACCUGAUUGCCCCAGGAACACAAAACAUUGAGCGUCAAGAUGAAGAUGAAGGUGCACAAGACCUUCAUCCAGAAUUCAAUGAAACCUAUGACCUAUCUGGUUAUCUUGGAAUUCGUUCAGCUGCAUCUAAUACUGAGCAGCUGAUAUUACAUGAAGAACAGGAUGAUGUUUACAGAGGAAUGGUACAAAAAUUAAACAGAGAACAAAAAGAAUUUUUCUUCCAUGUUUUACAUCUUAUUAAAACUUCUGAUAAUCCAUUCUACUGUUUUCUUAGUGGAGGGGCUGGAGUUGGCAAGUCACAUCUCACAAAGUGUCUUUAUCAAGCAGCGUUAAAGUAUUAUAAUAAUAGAGCAGGUGAUGAUUUCCAUCAAGUGAAAAUAUUAAUGCAAGCUUGCACCAACUGGUAA